AUGGCUCACCCGUCAACACCUCAACCUCAACCACCCUUUAGCACUUUAUUUCCUCCAAGCGCAGCUGCUACAUUUGCAGGCAUAUCUUCCAACAGAUCCGCUGUCUCUGGUACUAGCACGCCUACUGGUUCGACCUACCUGAUGCCUACCAGUCCUGCUAAGAACAGCCUUGGCCCCAAAGAUGGCCUGACACCCAAAAUCUCCAAGACCACCGGUCAGAAGCCGGCAUGUCUCGUCAAUGCUUCAGUGACCUACUGUGGUAAUGACCAGAUAUAUGCCUUUGGUGGUUUUGAUCAAUUUACUGACGAAGUCUACAAUCACGUGCUGAGGCUGAACCUGAAGACGCUAAAUUGGGCGCUAGUCGACAAUUAUGGGGACAUUCCUGGCGUACGCAUGGGUCAUUCAGCCUCGCUUUACGAAGGAGAUAAACUACUUGUGUAUGGAGGGGAGAAUGAACACCGUGAAUAUUUGUCCGACGUUGUCAUUCUCAAUCUCAAAGAUCACCAUUGGACUCAACCUGAUGUUCAGGGACCUAUUCCCAAAGGCCGAGCCCGGCAUGCUGCCGUCGUCUAUGAAGACAAACUCUUUGUCAUAGGAGGUCUUACUGGAGAAGCAAAUUACAUUCUUGAUGAUAUCUGCUAUCUGGACUUAAAAACCUGGACCUGGUCAAAGACAUGGAGCUUCGUACAGAGAUUUGAUCACAGUGCAUGGAUUUGGGGAGGUCGGUUGUGGGUCCUAGGAGGUCUCGGGGCUGAUAUGGAGCGGCCGUCGGAGAUCUGGUGGCUCGACCUCAAGGGAAGCCCUGCCCUUUCGGAUUCAGGACGACAAUACUCCACCAUGGGCCGUAUACCUUCAAGUCGACACGAUCCAUGGCUGCAUCCAAGCAGAGCGGAUCGUAUCGACACCUACGCCGCAAAUUCAGGAAGCGUCCACAUUCGGUCAUCGAGAAGAGAGAGGCCCACGGCACCAGGUGCUAUCUCUUCCCUCAAAUUUGUCUCCGGCCCACACGUUCCUCUUCAAUCAGCUGGAACCCAUUUUCAUGUAUGUUCGUCCGGAGCACUUCUAGACUUCGUCACCCCUUCCUCCACAAUUCGUCACAACGAAUGCAAUUUAUCAUCUCUCGAGCUGGACUCCUUGAGAUGGCAACGUUUGGUCGAAGGGCCAGAGCUUUUUCAACCAGGCUACAAAUGGCAUUACUGUACCAUCAAUGAAGAUGGAACCAAAGUCUGGCUUCUAGGUUCCUCCGCUGAAGAAUCCGCAGCAGCGAAUCAGGAACUCCAACUCAGCGAAAUUCUGGCCGUUGACCUGAAGAGGUACGGUCUACUGGGAAGCGAAGACAUGUCAUCAUCCUCAGAACAGUCCCGAAUUCUUGCCACUGAACGUCCGACCCAGUAUAGUGGCCCCGGCAGUGCCGGGACGGCUCUUGGCUCAGAUCUUGCUUUGAUGUUCGACCAACCGCCAGAGUCUAACAGUAUGACGGACUUCAUCAUCACCGCAAACACCGAGCCAUUGGACUAUGAAUCCGCUAUCUCGGACACAGACUCUCAAGCCCGCUAUUCGCUGAACACCACUGGAAGUCAGAUCUUCGCCACCGAGACUCCCAGCGUAAGUCAGCCGAUCCACGUGCACAAGAUGAUCCUCCAUGCGAGAUGGCCACACUUUAAGCGCCUCUACGCCUCCAAGAUGAUUGAAUACCAGACCUCACGCCUCCACAUCCCUGAACCAUACUCGGUAGUCCGUGCAUUCCUAUACUACCUCUACGCAGAUACCAUCGCCCCACACCCAGUUUUCUGCCGUGACCUCACCGACGUGGCCGGCAUGCUCGUGAUGGCAAACCUGUACGACAUGCCGAAACUGCGACUCCUGUGCGUCAACCGCCUCUCUCGCGAAAUCGACAUCGACCACGCCGCCGUGAUCUGGGAGCGCGCCGGCCGCACCGAAGAAGAAUGGCUGAAAGCCCGCGCCGCACGCUUCUGCCUCAUGAACUGGGGCCGUAUCGUCCGCACAGAGGGCUUUCGCAGCUUAAGUCGGCACAGCCUGAUGGAGCUGUGUGAAGUGGUCGAUAUGGAGGGGAGAGUCGUCGGCGGCGAAGAGUUGGACGACGUCGCCGUUGAUUCGUUCGGCGUCGGGGGCAGUCGAUACCGGCGGAGGAGUCAUCGGCCGAGUGAGGCUGCGGAGGAAACCGAAGGCGAUGAAGAAGACGGCAUGGAUAUCAAUUGA